AUGUUUGUCGUGCAAUUGACGCGUCCCAGGCCACGGGAGAAGCUCGGUUGGUGGUCUUGGCUGCAGGGGCUGCGGACGAGGUACAGCAAGGUGCCCAGCACCGUGACGGUGGACCAAUAUGUCCAGACAGGCGUUGUCACAGAGCGACCCAGGUGGUCUCCGUCUCGGGUGCUUCGACGGCCCCCGACUUCCUUACAAGGAGAUUCUGAGAGCAAUGUGGACUUCAGAUCCCCCGAAUACCGGGCCCGAGUGACCGCAGCCAAGAUGAUGGGCACCCUGAAAGCGAAGGAGCCCUCCCAAGUGCACCUGGACCAGUCGCUCUACGGCUCGGCCUUCGUCUUGCCACAGCUCGCGAGAUCCGCGUGCUGGCCGAAAGAGCUGACGGUGCUCGUGAUCAAGUCCUAUUUCUUGCUGCUUCUCAACUACGUGGCGCAGUUUGCCAUUUUGUACAUGAUCGCAAAGGAAGAGAUGAUCUGGGAUCUCUUCUCCGGCCAAAUGUUCUUGUGUGACUUUGGUACAGAUUCUCCUUCUUGCCCGGACGGGCCCAACUGCAUUGGCCCCGGCGGUACCGUCUUCACCUCGAUGAGGUACUACAGCUGGAACCAGUGGAUCUCCCGAACCUUUGCGAGAGACUCCAUGAGGGCAGUUUUCCCUGAGAAGGCUGCUGACAUCGGAAAGUAUGUGGAUCCCGGGGAGUACGGCGUGGAAAGUAAAAAUUGCCGCAUACUCUGCUGCAUGCUCUUUAUUGUCAGUGUGCUGGAUGACGUGAUCGGUACAUUCAACAUGGCCAGAGUUCUGGUAGACGUGCCCACGCGGGCGGACCUCUGGAUAGACUACGAGCCUCCCGGUGAGAGCUGGGCCAGCAAGGACCAUGCCAAGACCAUUGCUGGCAAGACUGAAAUCGACUUUGUGAAGCUGAAGAUCGCAGGAAUGCCCUUGUUCUGGAAGAUCGUGAACGUCGUCAUCAUCCUGCUGCCGAAGAUGAUUCUCUGGAAGGUCACCGCGCAAGCGGGGAUCUGUUUCCUAAUGGAGACCCAAGGCAUCGAGGAUGUGGUGGUCAACGCUGUGGGCCUUUCUUUCAUCCUCCAAAUCGAUGAGCUCCUGUGCUUGGAGCUUAUGCCCUGGUCGGCGGUCCAGAUCCUCCACAAGCUCGAGGUCCACCUUCUCGGGGAGAUCCAGGAAAUUGAAACCCUGGAUCAUCUGUCGGACGAGGAGCUCUUUGCAAAGAACCAAGAGCAAAUCGACAACUCCUGGAGUGUCAACGACAUCUACGAGAUGAUCCCUGUCAAGAUGGUGGUGGCCAUUGCCAUUGCGUCGACUUUCAUCUGGCACUACUAUGCCUUCCACUGCGUUCGCAACGAGGCUGGUGGCUCUGUCUCGCAUCCCAUGGCUCUGCCGAAGGGCACGGACUUGCCGCUGCUGAGCGCCUACCUGCUGGAGUUUGUGGGUUUCGAGCACGAGGAUUCUGAGUUCUGGACGAUGCCCUCCGUCCCUGGUCACGCUAUAUGA